AUGAGGGCAUUGUGGACCUGCCUCGCGACGGCUGCAGUGUCCAUACAGGAUGCCGAAGAAGGAUUCCGUGGCGACACCGCGUGUGUCAGACAGCUACGCGACAACCUACGCACGAUUGCCUCAGAACUAGAGCCAGCACCGGAGGCUCCUUGCGUGCAGACGACAGACUUCUGGCUGCCAAGCAAACUUGAAGGUGGAAACCUCACAAUCUUUGAGGAGGGCGAGUUCCGGGUCCGCGUUCUGCCUUCCGCCACCAGCAAGAAACCUUUCUCGUACAAGCUCGCAGCAGGGGAAUGCCGAAGAUCUUGCAGGACGUGA